AUGCCUGAAACCAUUGAAACAGGUUUUGACGCACCAUUCUACGCGAAGGUCGUUCGAGUCGAGGCAGAUACAGGCUCUGAUCAUGUUUACUACGGUCAAGUGGUAGAAGCUGAAGGCGAUCAGCUGUCGAUUCUAUCCGACGGACAGCAGUUCACCGCUGAAUGGAAGGCAGUGUCGGUCGUAGCACCGAUUAUAGCCCUUCUAUUGGAACAUAUUCAAUUUGACAGAGAUGAAUGGAGCGCGCGCGAAAUCGAGGCUGUCGAAAACACUGUUCUAGACCGAGUACUCGGACGAGAUAUCGUGGGCUCUAACCAGAUACCGGCUAUAUUAGAAGGCUUAAUGGCAGAAGCUAACUAUCCCAGUGCAACGAAGGUCUGUAAGUGGACCGACCCUUCAACGGGUCAACAGACCGAGUUUGCGCUGCAACACGCCCUUGACUUUGCGUAUUAUGUCGAUGGAGGAGUGACACCGGUGCCACCAGCUGUGGGGCAGGCGUUUUGCUGCCCGCCUCAGUCACAAUCACCGAUUGGUGGUGGUGAUGGCGAGGAAAGAGAAGGAAGUGAGCUUUUCGAUCCUUUUAUCGACGACGAUGAUACUCCCCAAGACCAAUCGGAGCCGAUUCGUGAGGGUACGGUUCAAGUCACUACGCGGCCAGAACGACCAAAGCGUUCCCGACAGCCGGUUAGCCCGUCGGAUAAUGGUGUUCAUGAGGCAAAGCGACGUCGCACAGCGGUAGACCAAGAUGCACUCAUUGUCGAGAAAUUCAGCGAUGACCCGGAGCUACUGGAGCGGUUUCUAGUUAUUAGACAAGCCAACCGACAGUCUCAAAUGGUUCCGAGGACUCAAGUGAGCACGAGUUCUGAGAUGAUUGGGCAGCCGCCUCCGCGGAAAAGAGUGACCGUAGCAUCAAAGUACGCAUUUGCUCCACGAGAUGAUCAACAGGAGGUACAUGAGCGAGUGACAUCAGAAAAUCAUAAAGACGUCUCGGUCGGAUAUCGAGGGGCGUGCUGCGCCAACUUCCAGUACAAAUCGAGCCAGGCUCGGCUCAAGUUCGUGGCAGCGGCCCGAAAUCGACCUGAGAAGCAGCAGAAAUCGGUAUGCUCACGCCUUAACUCGGACGCUACCCAAGUGAAUGGUGUGUUGAGUAACGACCGAUUCACUGCGGUGGACGUGUCCCACAAGACUGCAUCGGACAAGGUAUUAUCAAGUCUGCACCCAAAGAGGGCUGCUAGCGUCAACGCAGUAUCAGAGAGCAAGCAAUGCAAAAUUGAGGUCGGCAUCGAUGUACAGUGGCGUCAAGGACCGAUGAAGAAUCGUCCACCUCCUAAGAAUCACGGUUCGUGUCGUCGUUAUUUGCGCGCGGUGAUCAGGUCAAUUCGCGAAGGCCAAGACUCUGGUCAGUAUAUGGUUGUGGGGGCCGAUAUCCUCGACCGAUGGCCUGAAAUUAUCUGCAGUCCUUUGGGGGCUGUGGUAAAGAAGGGUGUAGAUCCGAACGAGGAAGCUCGCACUAUUCAUGACUUAUCAUUUCCGAAGAACGACUCGCCUUUAUCAAGGAGCUAG